AGAAGGGGCAGCAGACAGUUUCCACAUAUGUAAAAGUCCCAAAUGCAGAAGCAGGCUCAAGUAAGCAAGACCCAAUUAUAGAAGAUCCAAACUGGGAAGAAGUCACAAACGAGAACAUCGAAUCAGAAUCCAAGGGGAAAAAACUAAAAAAGAGCCAAGAGUCAUCUGAUGAGGAAAUAUUCUCAACCUCUAGCAACAUACAGAAGGAAAUUCCAAACAUUGUUCAGCCUAAA